AGUUUUUUGACGUUAUCAUUUCAAAACGAACAAAACCAACAACGGCAGUUUCAUUCUUAACAGUACUUAAUCAUCGAUUUCCAUUUCAAUUUCAUUUUUUUCUUCUUCAAUUCACUUCAACACCGUUCUUUCAGGCAAAGUAUGUCUUUGAAGGAAGCAAGGGAAUCUUGAAAAAGGUUGAAAGUUAUAGUUUGAGACUCAGGCUGAUAACAUAGGAGUAUCCAGUAUUAUAUCAGAUUCCAUGUCCAUCAUGAAAAAGAAUUCUGAGCAAAAUCGUUUUGAAGCUGUAUUCAACAAGCUGCUGAGCCAGAUUGGGGAACCUGUUGACUUUGAACUUCCAGAUUGGAUCAAGAUAAGGACAUCACAGUACACCCAUAUAAAGCGCAAUAUAUAUGUAACUAAGAAGAACAAGAGAAAGUUUGACGAUGGCAUAUUCUGCUCCUGCGAAUCUUCACCUGACUCUACUAGUGUAUGUGGUAGAGAUUGUCAAUGUGGGAUGCUGCUGUCAUGCUGUUCUUCAGGCUGCAAAUGUGGGGUCUCGUGUCUCAACAAAGCUUUUCAGCAUCGCCCUGUGAAAAAGCUGAAAUUGGUUAAGACUGAGAAAUGUGGCUCCGGAAUUGUGGCGGAUGAAGAUAUCAAGCUUGGGGAGUUUGUCAUCGAAUAUGUUGGAGAAGUCAUCGAUGAUAAAACAUGCGAAGAAAGGCUCUGGAAUAUGAAAGAUCGUGGGGAAACAAACUUUUACUUAUGUGAAAUCAAUCGAGAUAUGGUGAUAGAUGCAACAUAUAAGGGAAACAAAUCAAGAUAUAUCAAUCAUAGUUGCUGCCCGAAUACCGAGAUGCAGAAAUGGAUAAUAGAAGGUGAAACAAGAAUUGGUAUAUUUGCAGCUCGUGACAUACAGAAGGGCGAGCAUCUGACUUAUGACUACCAGUUUGUUCAAUUUGGUGCAGAUCAAGAUUGCCACUGUGGAGCUACUCAGUGUAGGCGUAAGCUGGGUGCGCGGCCUACCAAGCCUAAAAUGUCUUCAGAUGCUGCAUUAAAAUUAGUUGCAUAUCAGGUUUGUCAGAAUGGAGGCUUGCAAAUUGGUCAAAUUGGAAGUUCCCGGGUGAUUGACCAAACAAAAUGCUUACUCAAUUGCGUUGAUGAAGUUAUCAUGAUUAAAAAACUUGGAAAUGUCAGAUUUGGGAUUAUUAAAUGGUUUGAUGCAUUUACCCGCAGACAUAAGAUCAUGUUUGAGGAUGGUUGUGUUGAAAUUCAUGACAUGUCAAAAGAAGAUUGGGAACUAGUGAGAUUGUGAUGCAACAACUAGGCAAGAUUGGAGACAUUAUUCUUUCAUUGCAUGUGUAUAAUUCUUGUAUCAAUAUCAAACAGAAUACGAAGAAUACGAAGAUGGAUACAUCAACUCAAGUCUUGAUGAUUGAAUUUUGAAAGUAAUAACAACUUGUUUUA